AUGCUGCGCUUGGGCAAGCAACAAGAGUUCAAGCGCAAUUUCAACUUCCUCAGUGCGCUGGCUUUUGUAAGCGUGUAUAUGGCCACGUGGGAAUUCGUCCUGGUUUCGCUUUCCGUCGGAUUCAGUAAUGGAGGUUUUGCGGGACUGUUCUGGUGUUUUAUCACGACAACGGUGUGUUAUUCGAGUAUUGUGGCGAGUUUGGCGGAGAUGGAGAGUAUGGCGCCGACGGCUGGAGGGCAAUACCAUUGGGUUUCUGAGUUUGCUCCACCACGAUUCCAACGAGUCCUCUCAUACGCUUCUGGAUGGAUGUCGACACUUGGAUGGCUUGCCUCCGUAGCCAGCAGCACCUUCGUCGUUGCCACACAGAUCGAGGCUAUGAUCAAUGUGACAAUGCCUGAUUUCACUUUCCGACCCUGGCAGUACUUCCUCUCGAUGCUAGGGUUCACAUUGAUCACGAUCGUGUUCAAUACAUGGGGCGCUCCAUGGCUGCCAAAGCUGGAAGUGCUAUGCCUCUGGCUCCAUCUCGCCGGCUUCAUCAUCGUGCUCAUCCCGCUCUGGAUCCUCUGCGACAAGAACAGCGCCUCCGACGUCUUCCUCACCUUCACCGACAACAGCGGAUACAACAACACCGGCACCGCCUACCUCAUCUCGCAGGUCUAUGUCAUGUACUCCUGUCUCGGCUCCGACUCGGUCGUACACAUCUCCGAAGAAGUCGCCGACGCAUCCAUCAUCGUGCCGCGAGCAAUGUGGUGGUCGUACAUCGUCAACACUACCUUAGGCUUCAUCAUGCUCAUUACCAUGCUCUUCUGCAUCGGACCAUUGGAUGUCGUCCUGGAAUCCUCAAUCCCCUACCUAACCCUCUUCAACCGCACCAACUCCCCCUCCCUCUCCAUCUUCCUCAACGUCAUCCUCUUCCUCACAAUCUACGCCGGAAACAUCACCGCGCUCGCGACCUGCGCCCGGGAAAUCUUCGCUUUCGCCCGCGACAAGGGCCUCCCGUUCUCCUCCUUCUCCGCCCGCAUGAACAAGACCUGGAACAUCCCCUUCAACGCCGUCUACCUCACUUCCAUCGCCGUGGUCCUCCUCUCUCUAAUUCAACUGGGAUCCACUUUGGCGUUCAACAUCGUCGUCUCCCUUUCCCUGCUCGGCUUACUGUCCACCUACAUGAUUUCCAUCGGGUGUGUGCUACUCCGGCGCUUGCGGUCGCAACCCCUACCGCCAGCACGAUGGAGUCUAGGAAGAUGGGGGGUUGCCGUCAACGGCUUCGCGUUCGUAUACUCGGGGUUUGUGAUUGUGUGGAGUUGUUUCCCACCGACUCUGCCGAUCGAUACGGCCAGUGCGAAUUGGGCGCCAGCGGUAUGGGUGGGCGUUAUUGUGGUGAGCGUGGUGUUUUAUGUGGCGUAUGGGAAGGAGAGGUAUACGGCUCCCGUGGACUUCGUGGAGGGGAGGAGGAAGGAGGGGGUGGGGUUGCAGAGGAGUUCGAGUUGA